AUGCGGACUUUCCUUGCGGUCCUAGUUCCCUGUUUUGUCAUUUCGGUUCUUUACCUCUACUUUGCCGGCACGCGCCUUCGGCCGCAACGCGGAAUAACCGAGAUGCGUCGAGCGCCGGCAACAACGCCAGCGCCAUCAUCAGAAUAUCCUAGCGACUGGAUCGAUUGUGUGAGCCCCGCACCCGAGCGGCGCUUCUGGGCUUCACAUGGAUCUGGCCCAGGGGUUACAGUUUAUGGGUUUCCCUCGAAAGGGGGCCUGUACGUCCUUCAUGAUUGCCUCGGGGUAGAACUGGAUUUCCUCGGGCUGGACCGAUUCAGGAGCACCGAACGACCAUCCAAGUCAGACCCGGACUGGCAGGCCAAAGAGGAGGCACAUUGUGAUCGCAUGCGACGCCUUGGUGCGAGAUGGGUGGAGACGAACUACGAUCUGUUUGAACUAAUGGUUAGCGAGCGUGAGGAUACAGAUCCGUAUAUUUGCGUCGGCUGGCCGGCGGAAGGUGGUGUCUGGGUAUUGAAUACCACAUAUGGCCGUGCUAUAGAUUUGGGUACUGGUAUAAUCUACAACGCGAACAACAUGGAGGAACGCUGUGAAAUAAUCAAACGAUUGGGCGGCAUCUUCUACGAAGAACCGAGCAACUGCCCAUAUCUUGACCUUGAAUAA